AUGAGCAUGAGCAGAAGAAACCUUGUAACAGGUUCGCCAAACGCUGGAGAGAUACAUUCUGGUGGUAUAAUGAUGACGUUAAAGAUCCAACAUAGAAACACUAAGCUCUUUAAGGAGUAUGAAUGCGAUCUGGAAAAUUAUGCCGCAAAUGUUGCAGGAGGCGGAAGUCCACCAUCUGAUAUCAUAGAUCUCAGCUACCCGUACAAGUAA